UAGUCGGGUGCACGCGCUAUGGUCGAGAUGCGCGGCCACAGCGUGGACCGUCUGGACGAGGGGCGCAGCUCGGCGUCGGUGGCGUCGGACGCGUCUGGCGACGGGGCGCCGCGGCUCCGCGGCCGCCGCGCCCGCUCCGCCCAGCGCUACGUCGACACCAAGCCCAGGCGGCGCCACCGCGUGCUGGGCUCGGCCGGCAGCUCCCUCAUCUCGAUCCCGGCCAAGAUCCAGCUGAGCAUGCUCAACAGCGGCCUGAUCCCCAUCGCCGAAGAGGACAAAGCGAUCCGAGCCAUUCCCAAGAAGCCCGUGGAGAAGGCCAACUUCAUCAAGUAUUGCGAGCAGCACAGAAAGUACCCGAUUCUGUUCAAAGUCGAAUUUCAGCAUGCAGGGCGAAUCGAGCCGCACCCCUCGCGUCACGGCAGCAAACCGUGCAACGAGACCAAGAACCAAAACCAGAAGAUGGUGCCAUACGACUACAACCGGGUGGUGCUGGACAUGCUGCCGGCCGAGCCGGAGCCCGUCGACGAGGCCGAGUCCGACUACAUCAACGCUUCCUACGUGGACAGCUUGCUGAAGCCGAACGCCUACAUCGUGACACAGGGCCCCAACGAACGCACGCUCAACGACCUCUGGCGCAUGGUCUGGAAGGAGAACUCGCCCUGCAUCGUCAUGCUCACUAAGACGUUCGACUUUAUCAAGGUGAUGUGCGUCCAGUACUGGCCCGUGCUGGUGGACAAGGAGGAGACGUACGGCGACAUCGUUGUCACCGUGCUCAAGGAGGAACAGCUGGCCAACUUCGUCAUCCGCACCAUCCGGCUGAACAAGGACGACCAGGAGCGGACCGUGCUGCAGUUCCACUACACCGAGUGGCCGUGCCACUCGUGCCCCUUCUCCAACGCCAUUCUGGAGUUCCGGCGACGGAUCCGCAUCUGCCUGCGUCACCGCACGCCCGACCUCGACGGACCCAUCGUGGUGCACUGCAGUGACGGAGCGGGCCGGUCAGGGGUGUUCCUGGCGAUUGACGCCAACAUUGAGUUGGCCGAGGAGGACGGCGUGUUCGACGUCUACGGCUACCUGAAGAAGAUGCGGCAGGCCCGGCGGGGUCUCAUCGAGACGAUCGACCAGUACAAGUUUGUGUACGACACGCUGGAGGAGUUCGUCACGUGCGGCUAUUCGUCCUUCCCGGUGUCGGAGCUGUCGCAGCGGCUGAAGGAGAAGGCCGUCAAAGGGCUCGACAAGCUGAACGACUACCAGCGCGAGUUCAACCAGAUCUGCCGCCAGGUGCCCAAGUUCACGAUCGGCGACUGCGCCGGCGGCCACCGCGCCGACAACCGACACAAGAACCGUGACGUCAUGAUCGUGCCGCCCGACAACUUCCGCCCGUACCUGAGCUCAUUCCAAGGCACCAACUUCACCGACUACAUCAACGCCGUGUUCGUGGACGAGUACAACCGCGCGCGGGAGUACAUAGUGACCGAGUGGCCGCUGCGCUCCACGCAGAGCGACUUCUGGAGCCUGGUGUACGACCACGACUGUAACUCGAUAGUGGUGCUCACCAACCCGGGCGACAGUUCGAGCUUUCCCCACUUCUGGCCGGAGAGCACCAGGUCCAAGAAGUACGGCACCGUGUUCACUGUCGAGCACAUAUCGCACCAGCACUACCAGAACAUCAAGUCCUGGGUCUUCAAGAUCAACAAAAAGAUCGUCUCGCUGACUGAGCUGAUGGCCGGCGUCAAGGCCGAGGUGAAGACGUGCCAGCUGUUCCAACUGACCUGCUGGCCGGCCGCCUACAAGGUGCCCACCUCCACCAACGCGUUGGUCGAGCUGAUGAACAUGGUGGAGCGGUGGCGGCAGCGCUCCGGCUACGGGCCUGUGGUCGUCGUCUCUCCUGACGGCCAGUGCCGAGCGGGCGUGUACUGCGCGGCCAACGCGUGCAUCGAGCAGGUGAUCCAGCACAGCGAGGUGGACGUGUUCCAGGCGGUGAAGACGGUCCGCCGGCAUCGGCCGCAGCUCAUCUCCAACAUGACCGAGUACAAGUACUGCUACGACCUGGUGCUGCACUACGUCCUCCACUAUCUGAACCAGGAGGCGGCCAGCCACUAGUGACGGCAGCGGACGGGCGGGCCGCCGCGACGGUUCGGAGAGGCUGCUGCCGGCUGCCGCACACUCCUGCCGGCCGUGCACUGGGCUGCCUAUGUGAUGUGGGAAAGCUGGCAAGUGCGGGGUGGCCGGCUGCGUGACUUCCCCGCGCUGAUGAUCGGGUUUGGGCCUGAUCUGGAUCUGGAUCUGGGUCUGGAUCUGGGUCUGGUGCCGGGUCUGGGUCUGGGUUUCGGCCGCCAACCGUCGGUGGUUGGGAUCUCGGCCGGAGGGGUUUCGGCCGCCGGCCGUCGGUGGUCGGGGUCGGGGUCGGGGUCUGGACCGGAGGGCUUUGGCCCGCCAGCCGUCGGUGCGUCGAGGGGCAGCGAUGCCGUCAACGGCGUGCUGCACGAUCUAACCCCAGGGGCAGGGGCGUCGGCUGUAAAGUCUGAGAGCAUUGGAGGUCGAACGGAAUUUGGAGCUCUUGGUGUGUGACAAAGGAGCGGAUGUGCCAUCGCCCGUCUGAGGGUGCCCGUUCUCUUCGGCGAGCGUCAUUGAACAGGACUCCCGCGUAGCAGUUAUGUAUAGCGUUCAGACGUGUAGCAGCUGCGCAUGUUUUGUCCGUGCAGUCGGCGGCAUUCUGGGUGAAAACGUUAACGCUCGUCCCAUGGUGCGAGCGUGUCGUUCAUGUACUCAUAUUACGACAGCGAUCCGUACCAGUUCGGUUUUGGUGACUGUUGAGCGCCGGCGUGCGUUGUUUGCGACUUGGAAGUUCAGAUUGUAUGAUUGUUAGCGAGUUAUCUGAGGAUAUGCCUUUCUGAGAUGGCUAUGCCGGAUUUGGCGGCCGCACGUUACCGCCCCGUGCACGGCUGUCUGGCUCAGCGCAGGCGGGCAGGCCGUGCGUCCCCCUGCGGGUGGCCGUCCCAGCG